AUGAUAGAGCUGAGGUUGCUUUCGGAGAAACGAUUUGCUCAAUAUAACGAUGCGUUGCCAAGUAGAGCACUUUACUCCAUUCCUCCAAGCUGCAAGGCAUUACAAUGCAGUUGCCAAGUCUCGAGUGCCACUUCCUUUCUAACGGUUGGCUCGCAGAAGAUCAUUUUUUUCAAUGUCUUAAAUGAAUCUGCGCAGACGCCACGCCAGCAUGGCCUUGCUGUUCAACCAAUCUCGACGUCUGCACAAGUCGAGAUGCUCAUUUCGUCGGCCUGCCCACUGUAG